AUGCCGGUAACGGCCACCGACCAGGAUUCGACGGCGCCACCAUCAUCACCUCCGCCACCACCACCAUCAAGCAACAGCAGCAGCAACACCAUCACCACCAUCACCGCCUCCGCCGCAGCCACAGCCACAGCCUGCACACGAGCAACAACGCCGCUCAGCAGCAGCAGCAGCAGCAGCAGCAGCCUGGUAGCGGACGCAGACGCAGACCCGGACACGGCCAGGGACUGCUUCAAUCUCCCGCGAGACCGAGACCGAGACAGCCCAGCCCUGACGGACGGUGACGUCGCCCAUCUCCGGCACGAGCUCGAGCUCACGCGGGCCUCGGCUGUGGGGCUCGCGCUCAGCCGCCACGACGACACCGAUGCUGCCGCCCUCGACGCCCGUCUCAACCUCGACCAGCAACAUCUUCUCGCGCGCCUCGUCGACGCCUUCGAGGAGUCGUUGUACUAUGAUGCAUCUACAAUGGCAGGCUUGAAUUCAUUUUCCUUGGCUGCCCUCAACCGCCUCCGCGCGUACAAGCCGCCUCCGUUCCCCCUAUGGGACACUCUGCCCGCCCCGAGGCGCGCCGCCGUUCUGGUCUUGCUGUAUGCAGACCGCUGGGGCGACUUGCGCGUCGUCAUUACCAUGCGGGCCGCGAGUCUGAGAAACUUUUCCGGCCACGCGGCUCUCCCGGGGGGCAAGGCCGAUAGCAGGGACGAGACGCCUUACCAAAUCGCGCGUAGGGAAGCAUUUGAGGAAAUCGGCCUGCCAAUGGACGACGCCCUUCUUCCCAAGCCCUUCCGCAUAGAGCCGCUGUGCCAUCUGCCGCCCUCGCUGGCGAGGACGCAUCUCGUCGUCACGCCGUGCGUGGCCUUCCUCCACGCCGACAGGACGCACCCCGGGUCGCCGGGCCCGCUGGUCGAAGAGUCGCUGAUGCCGAGACUGGACGCGCGCGAGGUGGCUGCCGUGUUCAGUGCCCCGUUCUACAACUUCCUCAAGGCGCGUGACCUGCCGCCCAGGCCAGGGCAGGACUUGCCGCCGGGGACGUGGUACGACGGCGAGUGGAUGUCGUGGAAGGACGUGCCGUGGCGGAUUCACAACUUCUACGUGCCCGUGAACAACCAGCGGGUUGCGAAGCCGCGGCGGACGAGCGCGCAGGGCAACAUGGGCGAGGCGCUGGAGGUGCAGCAGGAGCAGGAGGGGAGGUUCAAGGUAUGGGGCAUGACCGGUAGGCUGUUGGUUGAUGCCGCGAGGAUCGCGUACGGGGAGGAGCCCGAGAUGGAGCACAACGACACGCAUGGCGAUUACGACAUCAUCCUGAGGGCCGAGGAGGAGGGCGUCUUCAAGGAUGCGGCGGGGGUGGCCAAGAAGGGCGCCAACGAGCCGGCCAAGAUGUGA